UCCUCCAUUCGCCCUAAACCAUCUCUCUCCCUCUCUCUCAUGGACUCCAUUGAGAGCCCAACAUCAUCCUCAUAUCAUACACAGGUUCCAUGCAGAGAUCAUGAAUCAGAACCAGAUGAAACAGAGAAUUUUCAAGAAAGCCAAGUGAAGAUAAGAGGUUCCGCGCUUCCAAUAAAAGCUAGUGGUAGCGGAAGAAGGUUCCUUGGGGUAAGGCAGAGGCCCUCGGGAAGAUGGGUUGCUGAAAUUAAAGACUCUUCACAGAAGCUGAGGCUGUGGUUGGGGACUUUUGAUAGAGCAGAAGAAGCUGCCAUGGCUUAUGACAACGCUGCGAGGCUUCUAAGAGGGAGGAACGCAAGGACAAACUUCCCAUAUCACGAAAACAUGAAGAUCCAUGAAAGGAAUUACAGCUUACUAAGAAAGAACCCAAGAUUCUCUCAGCUUCUUCAACGCGCAAUCAUGAAGAACCACUGGAAAUUCUCAUCUGCCAGCACUAGUACUCAUCAGAAGCAAGGAUUUGAAUCAGGUUCUAUUGACGUCAAUUCUAUCGUUGAAGAAACCAUAGUAUGUUCUUCGAGCCCAGAGAAAGGGUUGAAGUGUUAUGGCUCUCAAGAGAGAGAUGGGCUUUGUGGAUUCUCGUUUCGUGGUUGUAAAGUUUAUUCUUCUGUUAUCGUAUCUCCUUCUUUUAGUGCUUCUCAAUGUGAUCAAGCAGAAGUACAAGCGGAAGAGAGGAAAUAUGAAGGGACUCAAUCACUUGAACCUCUCUUUGUGCAUGCAACUGGGUUUCUGGAGAGUGGCUUUGUGCAAGAGUAAAGAAAGUUCUUUCUCUGAGAUUCAUGUUCAGAAAGUUGUAAGCUGUAGUGUAGUUUGUUAGCUACAUAUAUCCUCCUUCCCUCUACAUCAAAAUAUAAAUAUAUAUCUUGUUUGAUGAAUGAUCAAUCCUUGGCUUUCUUCUGAGAGGUGUGCUGU